GGUCCUGAACCUGGGCCCUUCUGUCCUCUUUGGGACAGCACCCAGCCAGAGGGGCAGACCGGCCUUCUAUGACCCCCUCUCUUUCCCUGCUGCAGACAUGGGUUCCCUGUGGAGCUGGUGGGCCCUCUGGACUGGAGCAACCCUCCUGUGCGGGUUGACCCAGGGGACCUCAGUGGACUUCUUUGCAGCCUUCCUGCAGAACUACCUGCCCGGGUACCACCGGGCCUCUCUCCAACUCCUCCUCUCCAGUCUAUCAGACCGCCCCACCUCAGUCUCCAUUCACUGCCACGCAGAUGGCACCGUGCAGAAUGUCAUAGUGAACCCUGGGCAGUCAGUCACGGUCAACAUCAGUUCCAAGGCCGAGAUGGUCGGCAGUAAGGUCUUCCAAAACUCGGUGAUGAUCUCCUCUGACCACAACAUCUCUGUGCAGGCUGUAAACACAAAGCCCGAUACAGCAGAGCUGACGCUGCUGUGGCCUGUCCAUGCUCUGGGCACUGAGUAUUUUGUGCUCACACCUUCCAGCAUCUCAUCCAAGAACCUCAAGGAGUUUGCCGUGGUGGUUGGGGCGGCGGGGGCUUCAGUCACUAUUCAGCUGAAGGGAUCAGCGACAUUCCAGGGCAAGUUCUACCCAGCGGGCAGUGUCCUAAGCUUGACCCUGAAGCCCUACGAGGUGGUCCAGGUACAGAGCACAGCGGAACUCUCGGGGUCAAAGAUCACAGCCAGCAGCCCCGUGGCUGUGUUCUCAGGCCACAGCUGCGCCCAGAAACACACUAACUGCAACCAUGUGGUGGAGCAGCUGCUGCCCACGUCUGCCUGGGGCACCCGCUACGUGGUGCCCUCUCUGUCCUCCCAGUCCCGCUACGAUCUGGUCUAUGUCGUGGCCAGCCAGACCACGAAGCUGACCUACAAUCAGGGGGGCACCACGGGCUCCCGUGGGCUCCAGGCGGGCGAUGUGGCCGAGUUUGAGACCCGGCCAAACCUGCCCCUCUACCUGUCGGCGAAUGUGGGCAUCCAGGUCCUGCAGUUUGGCACAGGCGCCACCAGGGAUGGAAUAACCUAUGACCCCCACCUGGCCUUGGUGCCAGAUGUGGCAGCCUACUGCCCAGCCUAUGUGGUGAAGACUGUGCCAGGCACGAAGGGUUUGGCUCUGGUGAUGGCACAGACAAAGGCGGUUAACGAGCUGACCAUGGAUGGGCACGGGAUGGGGGCCGAUGUCUCCUGGACAGCCGUGCCUGGCAGUGAGUUCUCAUAUGCCGAAGUGGACCUUGGCCCUACUGACAAGAUCCACAUGCUUGAGGCCACUACCAACUUCGGGCUGCUCACCUUCGGGCUGCUCCAGGCCGUAAGCUAUGGGACAGCAGGUGCCUGCGGCCGAACCGUGCCAUCCCAGGAGAAGCCCACCUGCCAAGACCUGCAGUGUACUUUCCAGCAGCAAUGCCAGGUGGUGGAUGAGCAGGCCAAGUGCGUGGAGAUGCCCGUGGCCACCUGCCGCGCCCAAGGUGACCCCCACUACACCACCUUUGACGGCCGUCGCUAUGACAUGAUGGGCACGUGCUUGUAUACAAUGGUGGAGCUGUGCAGCGAGGACGAGACCCUGCCUGCUUUCAGCGUGGAAGCCAAGAAUGAGCACCGGGGCAGUCGCCGGGUCUCCUAUGUGGGCUUGGUCAACGUGAGGGCCUAUAGCCACGUGAUAUCUCUGGUCCGUGGGGAAGUUGGCUUAGCUCGGAUUGACAACCAGCGCUCCCGCCUGCCCGCCUCCCUGGCCGAGGGUCGCCUGCGGGUGUACCAGAGUGGAACACGGGCCGUGGUGGAGCUGGAUUUCGGGCUGGUGGUCACCUACGACUGGGACUGCCAGCUGGCCGUGAGCCUGCCAGUGCGCUUCCAAGACCAGGUGUGCGGACUGUGCGGCAACUAUAACAAUGACCCCGCCGAUGACUUCCUCACCGCUGACUUGGAGCUGGCACCUAACCCCGUGGAGUUUGCCAAUAGCUGGAAGCUGGAUGAUGGGGAUGACCUGUGUGACGAUGGCUGCCAGAACGACUGUCCCUCCUGCACCCCAGGCCAGGCCCAGCAUUACGAAGGCAACCGUCUCUGUGGCAUGCUGACCCAGCCCGAUGGCCCCUUUGCUGCCUGCCACAGCGCCCUGCCCCCGAGGCCUUUCCUGGAGGAGUGUGUGUACGACCUGUGUGUGUUCAAUGGGGACCGGGCCAGCUUGUGCCGGAGCCUCAGCGCCUACGCCCAGGCCUGUCUGGGGCUUGGCAUCUCUGUCGGGAACUGGAGGCCACUAGCCAACUGUCCCCUGUCCUGCCCAGCCAACAGCCGUUAUGAGCACUGCGGCCCCGCCUGCCCCGCCACCUGCAACUCCCAGGCAGCGCCUGCCAACUGCUCCGGGCUCCCGUGCGUGGAGGGCUGCGUGUGCCUCCCAGGCUUCGUGUCCAGCGGUGGCUCCUGCGUGAAGGCCUCGUCCUGCGGCUGCACCUUCCAAGGCCGCCCGCUUGCUCCGGACCAGCAGGUGUGGGAGGACGAGCAGUGCAGGCGGCUCUGCACCUGCAACGGUGCCACCGGGCAGGUGAGCUGCAAGGACACACAGGGCUGCCCAACUGGUGAGCGCUGCCGCGUCCAGAACGGCCUCCUGGGUUGCUACCCCGACCGCUUUGGGAGCUGCCAGGCAUCCGGAGACCCGCACUAUGUGAGCUUUGAUGGCCGGCGCUUCGACUUCAUGGGCACCUGCACGUACCUGCUGGUGGGAUCGUGUGGCCAGGCUGCAGCGCUGCCCACCUUUCGGGUGCUGGUGGAAAACGAGCACCGGGGCAGCCAGACUGUGAGCUACACGCGUGCCGUACGCGUGGAGGCCCAUGGCGUGAAUGUGAUCGUGCGCCGGGAGUACCCUGGGCAAGUGCUGGUGGAUGGCAUCCUUCAUCACCUGCCCCUCCAGGCAGCCAACGGGCAGGUGCAGGUGUUCCGCCAGGGCCAAGAUGCCGUUGUGCGCACAGACUUUGGCCUCACUGUCACCUACAACUGGAAUGACCGUGUGAUUGCCAAGGUGCCCAGCAGCUAUGCUGGGGCCCUGUGUGGGCUCUGUGGGAACUUCAAUGGGAACCCCAAUGACGACCUGGCUCUGCGGGGUGGAGGUCAAGCUCCCAAUGCACUGGCCUUUGGCAAUAGCUGGCAGGAGGAGACGAGGCCAGGCUGUGGAGCAACUGAGCCAGGCGACUGUCCCAACCUGGAUUCCCUGGUGGCCCAGCAGCAGCAGAGCAAGAAGGAGUGUGGCAUCCUUGCCGACACCACGGGGCCCUUCCGGGAGUGCCACAGCAAGAUAGAUCCACAGGGCGCUCUGCGCGACUGUGUCUAUGACCGCUGCCUGCUGCCAGGCCAGUCUGCGCCAUUAUGUGAGGCACUGGCCGCCUAUGCUGCUGCAUGCCAGGCCGCUGGGGCCACUGUGCACCCCUGGAGGAGUGAGAAUCUUUGCCCUCUGAGCUGCCCUCCCAACAGCCACUAUGAGGCAUGUUCCCGUGGCUGCCCGCUGUCCUGUGGAGACCUCCCAGUGCCCGGGGGCUGUGGUUCUGACUGCCACGAAGCCUGUGUGUGCGACGAGGGCUUUGCACUCAGUGGUGAGUCCUGUGUGCCCCUGCCCUCUUGUGGCUGCACCUACCAGGGCGUCUACUACCCGCCAGGUCAGACCUUCCGCCCUGGACCUGGGUGCGAUUCCCUCUGCCAAUGCCAGGAGGGUGGCCUGGUGUCCUGUAAUCCCUCCUCCUGUGGCCCACACGAGGCUUGCCAGCCAUCUGGUGGCAUCCUGGACUGCGUGGUUGUGGGCUCAGCCACCUGCCAAGCAUCGGGAGACCCCCAUUACACCACCUUCGACGGCCGUCGCUACGACUUCAUGGGCACCUGCGUGUACGUGCUGUCUCGGACCAACGUGACCCGACCCGGGCUGCAGCAAUUUGCCGUCCUGCAGGAGAAUGCAGCCUGGGGCAAUGGGAGAGUCAGUGUGACUAGGGUGAUCACCGUGCAGGUGGCUAACUUCACCCUGGUGCUGAAGCAAAAUCACUGGAAGGUCACGGUGAACGGUGUGGACAUGAGGCUUCCUGUGGUACUGGCCCAGGGCCGGAUCCGCGCCUCCCAGCAUGGCUCGGACGUCGUGAUCAACACUGACUUUGGCCUACGUGUGGCCUAUGACCUCGUGUACAAUGUGCGGGUCACAGUCCCAGGGAACUACUACCAGCAGCUGCAUGGCCUGUGUGGGAACUACAAUGGUGACUCCAAGGAUGACUUCCAGAAGCCAGACGGCUCACAGGCAGGCAGCUCUACUGACUUUGGCAACUCCUGGGAGGAGGCAGUGCCAGGCUCUCCCUGCCUGCCGCCGCCCACCUGCAAGCCCGGCGAAGAUUGCAACUCGAGCCCUGAGUGUCCACCUGAGCUGCAGGAGAAGUACAAGCAGGAGAAGUUCUGUGGGCUCCUCACCAGCCCCAAUGGGCCUCUGGCUGCCUGCCACAAGCUGGUUGAUCCCCAAGGUCCCUUAAAAGAUUGUAUCUUUGAUCUUUGCCUGGGUGGUGGGAAUGAGAGCAUUCUCUGCAGCAACAUCCAUGCCUACGUGAGUGCUUGCCAGGCGGCUGGAGGCGAUAUUGAACCCUGGAGGACCGAAUCAUUCUGUCCGAUGGAGUGCCCCCCCAACAGCCACUACGAGGUCUGUGCAGACACCUGCUCCCUGGGCUGCUCCGCACUCAGCGCACCCCCGCAGUGCCCAGAGAGCUGUGCCGAGGGCUGCCAGUGUGACCCCGGCUUCCUCAAUGAUGGCCUGGCCUGCGUGCCCAUCCAGCAAUGUGGCUGCUACCACAACGGUAUCUACUAUGAGCCGAACCAGACGAUACUCACUGACAACUGCCAGCAGCAGUGUGUGUGCCAUGCCGGACAAGGCGUGGUGUGCCAGGCCCACAGCUGCAAGCCAGGACAGGUGUGCGAGCCCUCGGGAGGCAUCCUGAGCUGCGUCACCAAAGACCCAUGCCAUGGUGUGACGUGUCGGCCACAGGAGACGUGCCAGGAGAAGGAUGGCCAGGCUGUGUGCGUGCCCAACUAUGAGGCCACAUGCUGGCUGUGGGGUGACCCACACUACCACUCCUUCGAUGGCUGGGAAUUCGACUUCCAGGGCACGUGCGACUACGUGCUGUCAGCAGCCGGCUACCAGGGGGGCAGAACCCAAAGCCUGACCCCCUUCACCGUUACCACCAAAAAUGAGAACCGGGGCAACCCUGCUGUAUCCUAUGUGAGGCUCGUCACCGUGUCUGCCCUCGGCUUCAACAUCUCCAUCCACAAAGGGGAGGUUGGCAAAGUCCGGGUGAACGGUGUGCUGACAGUGCUGCCCGUCUCUGUGGCCGGGGGGCGGCUUUCGGUGACCCACGGCCCAUCAAAAGCGCUGCUGGUGGCUGACUUCGGGCUUCGGGUCACCUACGACUGGGACUGGCGAGUAGAGGUGACACUGCCUAGUAGCUAUCACGGCCAGGUGUCUGGGCUCUGCGGGAACAUGGACCGGAACAUCAGCAACGACCGAGUCUUCCCCAAUGGCACACUGGCUCCCUCGAUACCCAGCUGGGGCGGCAGCUGGCGAGUUCCAGGCUGGGACCCGCUGUGCUGGGAUGAAUGCCAGGGCAACUGUCCAACAUGCCCUGAGGACCGCCUGGAGGAGUACAAGGGCCCGGGCUUCUGUGGGCCCCUGGCCCCUGACUCGGGAGGCCCCUUCGCUGCCUGCCAUGCCCAUGUGGCCCCCGACAGCUUUUUCAAGGGCUGCGUUCUGGAUGUCUGCCUAGGCGGUGGGGCCCACGACAUCCUUUGCCAGGCUCUGGCCGCCUAUGCCGCCGCCUGCCAGGCUGCCGGGAUUGCCAUUAAGAACUGGAGGGAGGAGGCUGGUUGUGAGAUCUCCUGCCCGGAGAACAGCCACUACGAGCUCUGUGGCCCAGCCUGCCCAGCCAGCUGCCCAGCCCCUACACCUCCCACGACCCCAAAGCCAUGUGACAGCCCCUGUGCCGAGGGCUGCCAGUGUGAUUCAGGCUUUGUGUGGAGUGCCGACCGCUGUGUGCCCCUGGAUGGUGGCUGUGGCUGCUGGGUCAACGGCACCUACCACGAAGCUGGCAGUGAGUUCUGGGCUGAUGCCACCUGCUCCCAGAGGUGCCACUGCGGGCCUGGGGGCAGCUCGCCGAUCUGCAAGCCUGCCAAGUGCGGGCUAGGUGAGCAAUGUGCCCUGUUGCCCUCGGGCCAGCUCGGCUGCCAGCCUGUCAGCACAGCUGAGUGUCAGGCCUGGGGUGACCCCCAUUACGUCACCCUGGAUGGGCACCGAUUCGACUUCCAAGGCAACUGUGAGUACCUGCUGAGCACGCCCUGCAAGGCACUACCCACGGGGGCUGAGAACUUCACCGUCACUGUAGUCAACGAGCACCGGGGCAGCCAGGCGGUCAGCUACACUCGCAGCGUCACCCUACACAUCUACAGCCACAGCCUGACCCUCAGUGCCCAGUGGCCGCGACAGCUGCAGGUGGACGGCAAGCUCGUGGCGCUGCCCUACCAGCUGGACUCACGCCUGCGCGCCUACCUGAGCGGCGCCGACGUGGUGGUGACCACGGCCGCGGGGCUGUCUCUGGCUUUCGACGGGGACAGCUUCGUGCGCCUGCACGUGCCGGCGGCGUACGCGGGCGCCCUCUGUGGCCUGUGCGGGAACUACAACCAGGACCCCGCCGACGACCUCGAGGCGGUGGGCGGGAACCCGGCCGGCUGGCAGGUGGGCGGCGAGGCUGGCUGCGGGGAGUGCGUGCCCGGGCCGUGCCCGCCGCAGUGCACGCCCGAGCAGCAGGAGCCCUUCGGCGGCCCAGACGCCUGCGGCAUCAUCUCCGCGCCCGACGGCCCGCUGGCGCCCUGCCACGCCCUGGUGCCGCCCCAGCAGUACUUCCAGGCCUGCCUGCUGGACGCCUGCCAGGCCCAGGGCCAUCCGGGAGGCCUCUGCCCUGCCGUGGAGACCUACGUGGCAGUCUGCCAGGCCGCGGGGGCCCAGCUCGGAGAGUGGAGGCGGCCGGACUUCUGUCCCAUCCAGUGCCCUGCCAACAGCCACUACAAGCUCUGCGGUGACUCCUGCCCUAUAAGCUGCCCCAGCCUCUCUGCGCCUGAGGGCUGCGUGCAGACCUGCCGGGAGGGCUGCGUCUGUGACGCCGGCUUCGUGCUCAGCGGCGACACCUGUGUGCCUGUGGGCCAGUGUGGAUGCCUCCACGAGGGCCACUACUACCCACUGGGCGAGUCCUUCUACCCGGGCCCUGAGUGCGAGCGGCGCUGCAAGUGUGGGCAGGGCGGCCAAGUCACUUGCCAGGAGGGCUCGGCCUGCAGGCCCUACGAGGAGUGCCGAGUAGAGGACGGUGUCCAGGCAUGCCACCCUACGGGCUGUGGCCGCUGUGUGAUCAAUGGUGGCAUCCACUACAUUACCCUGGAUGGGCGUGUCUAUGACCUGCAUGGCUCCUGCUCCUACGUCUUAGCCCGAGUCUGCCACCCUGACCCCAAGGACGAGGACUUUGCCAUUGUGCUUGAGAAGGAUGCAGCUGGAGAUCUCCAACAGCUGGUGGUUACUGUGGCUGGCCAGGUUGUGACAUUGGCUCAGGGGCCAAAGGUCACUGUGGAUGGCGAGGCUGUGGCCCUGCCUGUGGCCGUGGGUCACGUGCGGGUGACUGCCGAGGGCCGGAACGUGAUUCUCCAGACCACCAAAGCACUGCGGCUUCUCUUUGAUGGCAAUGCCCACAUCUUCAUCUCCAUCCCCAGCCCCUUCCGUGGCCGGCUCUGUGGCCUCUGUGGGAACUUCAACGGCAACUGGAGCGACGACUUUGUGCUGCCCAAUGGCGCCGAGGCCUCCAGCGUGGAUGCCUUCGGAGCCGCGUGGCGGGCGCCCAGCUCCUCCCAGGGCUGCACUGAGGGCUGUGGGGCCAGUGGCUGCCCCGUGUGCUCGGCCCAGGAGACGGCGCCCUAUGAGAGCAACCAGGCCUGCGGGCAGAUCCGGGACCCCAACGGCCCUUUCGCAGGCUGCCACGCCGUGCUGAACCCCUCCGAGUACUUCCGCCAGUGCGUGUACGACCUGUGCCACCACAAAGGCAGCACCGCCUUCCUGUGCCAGAGCCUAGCGGCCUACACGGCAGCCUGCCAGGCAGUCAGUGGCACCGUGAAGCCUUGGAGGACGGAGAGCUUCUGCCCACUCCAGUGCCCGGCCCACAGCCACUACUCCACCUGCAUGCGCUCCUGCCAGGGCUCCUGCGCAGCUCUCUCCGGCCUCACCGGCUGCACCAACCGCUGCUUUGAGGGCUGUGAGUGUGAUGACCGCUUCCUGCUCUCGCAGGGCACCUGCAUCCCCGUGCAAGACUGUGGCUGCACCCAUGACGGCCACUACCUGCCGGUGAACUCCUCACUGCUGAGCUCAGACUGCCACCAGCGCUGUUCCUGUUCCUCAAGCACUGGCCUGACGUGCCAGGCAGCCAGCUGCGGGCCAAACAGCGUAUGUGAGGUCCAGGCGGGGGCCCGGAACUGCUGGACCCCCCAGGGUCUCUGUUCCCUCUCUGUAGAUGCCAACCUCAUCAUCUUCAAUGGGUCCCGCAGAGCUUUCCACUCCCAGGGCAUCUAUGAGCUGUCUUCCCUCUGCCCGGGACUACCAGACACCACCAUCCCCUGGUACCGAGUGGUUGCAGUCCUCCAUGCCUGCAAAGACAAAGUUGAACCUGUGGACGAGGUUCACAUCUUCUUCAAGGAUGGGCUGGUGACUCUGAGCCUAGAGAAGGGCGUGUGGGUGAAUGGUCUCCCUGUGACUCUCCCAGCUGAGUUAUCGGCAUCUGUGUCCAUACGUAAGAAUCCCGAUGGCUCCGUGAGUGUUAUUCAGAAGGCAGGGGUCCAGGUGUGGCUUGGCACCAACGGGCAGCUGGCUGUGAUGGUCAAUGAUGACCAUGCUGGAAAGCUGUGUGGGGUCUGCGGAAACUUUGACAAGGCCCAGACCAAUGAUGGGCAUGACUCCAGAAGAUGACAACAGGAGAGCUGAAGAGUGCAGGACUUCUCCCCAUGUCACAGCUGAUCAAUCAUCUCCUGGGAAUGAGGACUUCGGGACCUGACCCUCCUGGAGAUUCCAAUAAUUGGAGGGUGCACAGUGUCCCUGUGUGCCCCUACACUGUUCUACCCCUUUGAUGAGCCACUGAGGCCAAUUGCUAGAGCAUUGAAUAAAUAUCUCAGGCUAAGCUGCA